UCACAUGACAAAAUUCGCAAAAUUGGCUUGAAUUAUAGCAGAAAAUUGGCUUGAAUUAUAGCAGAAAAAGAUUCAGUUGCUUACAUCACUUAUAAUUUUCAGAAUUAUGUCUGCAGAUAACGGAAAGAAGAUCUUCACCAAGGCUUGUGCUCAAUGCCACACUGUUGAACAAGGAGGAAAGCACAAGCAGGGACCCAACUUAUACGGAGUCUGGGGCAGGAAGACCGGUCAGGCUCCUGGUUUCUCAUACACCUCGGCUAAUGUUGAUAAAGGAAUCACCUGGGGUCAGGAUACACUAGAUGAAUACCUCAUCAACCCUAAGAAGUAUAUUCCUGGAACCAAGAUGGUGUUUGCUGGUCUCAAGAAGAAGAAGGAAAGAGAUGAUCUCAUUGCUUACCUUCAUCAAUCCACAACAGCUUAAUCCCUUCCAAAAUUUACCUGUAAUAUUCAACAUACAUAGUAGAACCUUUAGAUAUUCUCAAACUUUAUAGUAUAAACACAAACUAUUAUUUAUUUAAAUAUAUAGAUCUUCAAGUUU